AUGCACCUCCUGCUGACAUAUGCCCCUCCGGCACCCCAUGCACCUCCUGCUGACAUAUGCCCCUCCGGCACCCCAUGCACCUCCUGCUCCCCUUCCCCCCCCUUUCAUGCGCCUAUGCCCGCCAUGCCUUCCCCCUGCGCACACGGGCAGGUGAUAGACGCAUGCCGCAAGGGCAACUUCUCGCGCUUCCUCAACCACAGCUGCGAGCCCAACUGCUGUCUUGAGAAGUGGAUGGUGCGGGGCGAGCUGCGCAUUGGGCUCUUCUCCCUGCGCCCCAUCAAAGCGGUGAGACCCCUCCUCCCCGACCCUCCCCCUGUCCCUGCCCCUGCUCCUGCUCCUGCCCCUGCCUCUUCCCCUGCCCCUGCUCCUGCUCCUGCCCCUGCCUCUUCCCCUGCCCCUGCUCCUGCCCCUGCCCCUGCUCCUGCUCCUGCCCCUGCUCCUGCUCCUGCCCCUGCUCCUGCUCCUGCCCCUGCCCCUGCUCCUGCUCCUGCCCCUGCUCCUGCUCCUGCCCCUGCUCCUGCCCCUGCCCCUGCCCCUGCUCCUGCCCCUGCCCCUGCUCCUGCUCCUGCCCCUGCUCCUGCUCCUGCCCCUGCUCCUGCCCCUGCCCCUGCUCCUGCUCCUGCCCCUGCCUCUUCCCCUGUCCCUGCUCCUGCCCCUGCCCCUGCUCCUGCUCCUGCCCCUGCCCCUGCUCCUGCUCCUGCUCCUGCCUCUUCCCCUGUCCCUGCUCCUGCCGCUGACAUGUACUUGCGCGCCUUCGUCUCCUCGUCGCUUUCAACUUCCCCGUUGACUCACCGCAAGAACUCCGACCUCAAUUAUGGCGAGGAGCUAUCAUUUAAGAGCGCUUUGGCGAGGAGCUGUCAUUCGACUACAACUACGAGCGCUUUGUGGGGGCGCGCCCCACGCGCUGCUACUGAGGCAGCCACCUUUCCCUCACUCCUUUUCCACCCUCCUUCCCGGCUCUCCUCCCGCUCUCUGCAGGGCGAGGAGCUGUCGUUUGAUUACAACUACGAGCGCUUUGUGGGGGCGCGCCCCACGCGCUGCUACUGCGGCAGCCAGUCCUGCCGCGGCGUGCUGGGCGGCGCUGAGCUCAAGAAGCCACGCGUGCGCCCUGCUGUGCAGCGAGCUGUGGCCGAGGAGGUGGAGGAGGAGGAGGAGGAAGAGGAGGAGGAGGAAGAAGUCGGAGGGAGAGAAGGGGAGGAGAGGGAGGGGCAGCAGAUGGUGAUUAGUGAGAGAACGAUUGGGCUGGGCAGGGAGUGUGAGGCGGAGGAGGAGGGAUCAGAGAGUGAGAGUGAUGAUGGGAGUGAGAGUGAGAGUGAGAGUGGGAGUGAGGGUGAGAGUGAGAGCGAGUCGGGGAGUGAGAGUGAGUGGGAGGAGGUGUACGGGUCAGGGGAGGGGAGCGAGGAGGAGGGAGCAGAGGAGUACGGGUGCAGGCGGGAGGGCAUUCAUAUGGGUGAGGGGGGAAGGCAUGGAGAGGAGGGGAGAGAGGGCAGUGGGUGUGCGCGCCUGGCCUGGGAGGGCAAGCGGGCGAGGUCCCGCCUGGCCCUCCCCCACCCCAGGUCGCUCCGCCCUGCGCCCUCCCCCUGGCUCCUCUCCUCCCCGCGCUCCCCCCCCGCCCAUGCGCGCCCCCUCCCAUCCCCCUCUGCGCGGUCUGGGUCUCUUCAGGGAGGGGUGGCUGCAGGGCGCGAGGGGAGAAGCGUGCAGGGGGGGGCGGGAGAGCAGGGACCAAGACAUGGCCGGGGGACGCAGCAGGGGGAGAGGGAGGGGCGGGGCGGGGAGGACGAGGGGGAGGGGGAGCGGGUGUGGUUGGAAGGGGGCGAAUGGGAAGGGGAUGGGGAACGGGAAGGGGAGGGGGAGGGGGAAGCAUGUGUGGAGGACGGGGAGGGGGGCAUGCGGCAUGCCAAGAGGCGGAGGCUGCGGAAGGUGGCAGGUCUGGGUGAGAGGGUGUGGCGACAGGGUGGGGAGAGGGGCGGGGAGAGGGAGGAGGGGCACAGGGAGGUGUGGGGAGGCGAGGAGAGCGGGGCACAUGGGCAUGGGUUUGACCUGGUGGCGGAAGCAGCAGGAGGGGGAGCGGGGGCGGGGGAGGUUCAGGCAGCGCCGGCGGAGUAUGUGGUAGCGGCGUGCCAGGGGGUGCUCUUCCACUCCGAUGUGGAGGAGGCAUUGGAGCUGCUACUGGACGGCAACGAUGCGCUCAUCAAGGGCAAGUCUUCCAUACCAUACCCUUCCCUCCCUGUUUUCAAGUUUCAACCUCACUCCCUCGUAUCGCCUCCUUUCUUUUCUUCCUCCCGAACUCUCCUCGCCCAACCUCCCCCCCAUGGCCCGCAGAGCACGGCACGAUCCUUUGUGCGGCUGCUCAUGCGAGCCACCUCCUGUGGCGACUUCUCCUCGGGCGUCCCCAACUUCAGGUGGGUGGGCUUUGAGCCGCGCCAGUGCCAAGGAGGUGUCGCUGCUGCUGGAGGCACUGCUGCGCACCUCAUCAAGAACACUUCUCAAACACAUCAUUGCCACCAAUGGGCUGAACGUGCUGCAGAUCCUGGGGCGCAAGCUGCAGCACGAGAGGGAAUCUUGGGGCGGAAGCUGCAGCACGAGAGGGAGCGAGUGGCCAUUCUGAGGAAGCUGCUGCGAGUGGCACACCACCUGCACGCCACCGCUGCCCUCUCCCUGCAGGCCGCUCAUGCCGUCCCACCCACUGCCAAUGAGAGCUUCUCUGCGCUCAUUGGCCGGCUGCGCAGGCACAGGGACGCGGAGCGCCACACCUCCUCUCUGGCAGAAGCUGCUGCUGCUGGGACCUGUUCCUCCGCUCCCUCUCACCCUUCUCCUGCUGCGGCCGCUUCAGCCUCUGCCUCUGGCCCUGCUGCUUCGCAUCCCACUGCCCCCUCCUCUGCUGCUGCUGAUUCCGCCGCUGCGGCGGCAGCAGCAGCCAGCAUGCCUCUGCUCGCACACACCCUCCGCCACCUGCAAUCGCUGCCGCACCUGCAGACCCUGCCGCACCUGCAGUCGCUCUCACUGCCUCUCACCAUGAACCUCGCCCUGGGGGGAAACCUAGGCAUGGGCAUGGGCAUGGCAGGUGACGCCUCAGCUGUCCCAGCAUCAGCACACCCGGUGCCUCCUGCCUCUCACCCCCUGCCUGCUGCCGCGCACCCGUCGCACUUUUCAGCAGCCACCACAGCAGCGGCAGCAGCAGCGGUGCAGCACAUGAUGCAGCGCCGCCUCUCCCUCGCCCUCUCCCACGCCGUCUCCCAAGCCAACGCCGCCGCCGCUGCUGCUGCCACCUCGCCUGCUGCCAAACCUCCCGCCCCUUUCCACCCACAUGCCCCCUCCGCUGCCCCCUCUGCCCCGCCUGCUCCCGAUGUUCCCGCUUCCCCACCUGCCGUGCCACAUGCCGUUCCACCCUUUGCAACCCCUCCCUCCUCUCCCACCCCGGUCCCUGCCUCGCAGCCCACUAAUCACCCACUCCCUGCUGCUGCUGCUUCCUCGCCCACGCCCCCGCCCCCCUCUCCCAAGCUCUCCUCCCAACAUGCCCCCCAGCACGCCCCUCCCCACAUCUGCGAGCCUCACACGGCGCCCUUUACCAGCCCUGAACGCUGCCCGGCACCUUCUGCCUGCUCUGCUGCUUCCAAGGGGGCCAAGAGGCGGCAGGCGUGGAGGAAUGCGGGAGGGGAGAAGGGGACGGAGAAGGAGAGGAGGGAGAAGGAAGGGGAGAACGGAUUGGAGAAGGGAAGUCAGAAGGGAGGAGAGGGCCCGGAGAGUGUGGAUGGAGUGGGUAACAACGUCCCAAAGCCGGCAUUGCCAGUUGCGGCUGCUGAUGCUCCUCUUCCUGCCAAUACUUCUGCUGCUGCUAUUGCUGCAGCGGUUGACACAGCGAGAGGAGAAGAGAUGGGAGGGUCAGCAGCAGCGGCAGCAGCGCCUGUGCCCGCACACCGACCACCUCCCUCGUGCCCUGCAGUUUUUGAGUCGUCUCAAAGGUCACCCUCGUCCCCUGCUGCCCUGCCCUCAGCGCCUGUGGCGGGCAGUGCGGGCAGCACAUGGCAUGGUGCCGUGGUGCAUGCAGCAGCAUCAGGUGCAGCAUGCAGUGUGGUACCCCAUGCCACGUGGCAUGCUGCUGCUCCGAUCGCUGCUCAUGCAUUGGAUAUAUUCCCUGGCGCCACCACCCCCCCAUUCGCCACCGCUGCACCUGCUUCGGCUGCUGCAACUGCUGGGACUUGUGUUAAGGUGGAAGGCAGUGCGACAGGAGCAGAGGUGGCGAGGGGGAUGUGGGAAGGGGAGGGCAUGGGAGGGACGUGGAGUGCGGAGGUAGCAGAGGCGCAGGGUGCAGGGGCGCAGGGUGCAGGGGCGCAGGGUGCAGGGGCGCAGGGUGCAGGGGCGCAGGGUGCAGGGGGAGGGGGUGCAGGGGGAGGGGACGCAAGGGGAGGGGGGGCAGGAACAUGGGGUGCAGGGACACAUGAUGAAGGGUUUGUAGCGGCAGGCAUGGUUGCAGGUGACGCAGCUGCAGGAAGCAGGGCAGUGGCAGCACCAGCAUGGGCAAGUGGUGCAGGUGGGUUGGCUGCAGUGCCCGAGUGUGAAGCAGCGGCGGCUCGUGCUGUGCCCGUGCCGCCCCGGCCUCUGUUCAAGUGGGUGGUGAAGGAAAUCCCCGUGCAUGCUGAUGUGCGUGCUGAUGUGUGUGCUGACAGACAUGUGGACGCGCAUGGGGCCCAUGGGAGCAUGCAUGGAGACAUGCAGGCAGGCGAUAUGGCUGAUGGUGCUCAGCUGGUGAAUGGGGGCGUGAGGGAUGGUGGCAUGGCAGGUGGUGGGGAUGUGGGCGGUGGGGGCAUGGGAGCGUCAGGCACGCGCGGUGCAGGCAUGGGCGGUGGGGAGAGAACACUGGAGGGUAUGCGAAGUGGUGGAAUGGCGUGGGGUGGGGAAGUGGGGUGGGGGGGAAGAGCGGGUGGCAUUGGAAAUUGGGGAGGAGCACACGGGCUGGCUGCGUAUGGCAUGCCGUAUCACACGGCACUUGGCAUGGCGUCAGUGCAGCAGGCAGCAGUGCAGCAGGCAACAGCGCAGCAAGCACUGGUGCAACAGGCAGUGGGGCAGCAGGCAGGGGUGCAGCAGCAGGGAGCGGGGCAGCAGCAGUGGUUCGAUGCAUGCAUGCAUGGGCAUGGGGCAGCAGGGGCGGUGGCAGGGCGAGCCAUGGGGUACGCACAGGCAGCGAUGCCAUGGGCUGUGCAGCACGGCGGGUGGUGGCCUGCUGCUAGAGACCACGCCAUGCUGGCAGCAGCAGGGGGAGCGCGAGAGGAGGAAAAGGCAGCUUCACAUGGGCCUGACCCUGUGCGGGGUGCUCCUGCUGCUAAUAGGACAACUGACACUGCUCACACCGCUGGCAUGACUGGAGAGACUAAGGAUUCGACUGACGUGACAUCAGGACGGAUUGAUGUGAAGGUAGAGUGUGCGGACACUGCACCGGGCCUUACUGACAUAGUACCACAUCACACUGACAUGCCCAAGGGUUCGACUGAUGUCACACCAGGGGUGAGUGAUGUGAAGGUAGAGUGUGCGGACACUACACCAGACUUUACUGACAUAAGACCACGUUAUACUGACAUGACACCUGAUUUGACUGACAUGAAACCAGAGCUUAUUGAUAUGGAUCUGGUUUCAGAUGAGUUGACUAACAUAGCACUGACAAGCGCCGACGUGAAACCGAUAGCUGCUGCUGAUGUGGAACCAGUAGCUGCUGAACUGGAACCGAUAGUUGCUGACUUGAAACCGAUGGCUGCUGACCUGGCGGUCCAGAAGGCAGUACCACGUGGCGCCGCUGACAUGGCUGGAAGGGCAUGCAGUGCGGCGGGCGAUGCGACACAGGGAGAGCACAGCCUGACUGACACGGCCCGCUUGUUGCUCCAGCAGCACAUGGCCCCUGCUGUGGAGACUAAGGCGGAGGUUGUAGCGCUGCGUGGGCAGGGCUGGCAGAGCUGCCCGGCUGUGGACCCUCCUUUGAGCCGCGUGCAGCAGAAGGGGGCCGAGUUGGAAGAACACAGGAGGCAGUGCCUGCAGGGGCAGCCGCAGCAGCUGCAGCAGUUGGUGGAGCAGCCGAGGGAGGAGGAAGAGCAGGAGAAGCAGAAGCAGGAGCGUAUGAGAGGCGGUCGUGUGAAGGAGGAGUGCGGGAGGGGGAGGGGGUCAGGCGAGGGGAAGAGGCGGGCAGAGGGAAGGCGGGCUUCCAGGGGCGAACUGCAAGGAGUUGUGGCUACGGUGCAGAGGGAGGCGAAUCUUGGGGCGAUGGAGGGGGGGAAGAGGGAGGUGGUGGAGGUGGGGGGCAGGGAUGCGUUGCAGGGGGAGGAGCAGGGUCCAGUGCAGGUGAAGGCUGGAGGGGGAGAGAAAGGGGUUGGGGAUGUCGUGGAACGCAGCGGGGCACAUGCAGGUGUGGUGGACGCGAAGGGAGGUUUGGCGGACGCGAAGGGAGGUUCGGCAGGCGCGAAGGGAGGUUCGGCAGGCACGAAGGGAGAUGCGGCGGACGCGAAGGGAGGUUCGGCAGGCGCGAAGGGAGGUUCGGCAGACGCGAAGGGAGGUUCGGCGGACGCGAAGGGAGGUGCGGCGGACGCGAAGGGAGGUGCGGCGGACGCGAAGGGAGGUGCGGCGGACGCGAAGGGAGGUGCAGCGGACGAGAAGGGAGGUUCGGCAGACGCGAUGGGAGGUGUGGCAGACGCAAAGGGAGGUGUUGCAGACGCGAAGGGAGGUUCGGCAGGCACGAAGGGAGGUGCGGCGGACGCGAAGGGAGGCUCGGGAGACGCGAAGGGAGGUUUGGCAGAAGCUAAGGGCAGGAAGAGGGCGUAUGAGAAGGCGGGCAGUGGAAAGGAGGGCGUCAAGGGUGCGGAGGUGGCAGCAGUGUCAGUGCUGGGGGGGCGAGAUGGGGCAAGGAAGGGAGCUGGUGCGAAGGGGGAAGAGGAUGGCAAGAGGGGAGAGGACGCAAAAAAUGGAAAGGAUGCAAAAACGGGAGAGGGUGCAAAAACGGGAGAGGGUGCAAAAACGGGAGAGGGUGCAAAAACGGGAGAGGGUGCAAAAACGGGAGAGGUUGCAAAAACGGGAGAGGUUGCUAGAGGAGAAAGGGAGCAGGUGGAAAGGAAGCAGGAGGGGAGGGUGGGCAUGGAUGGUGGGGUUGAAAAUCAAUGUGGCCUCCAGCACGCGGAUUCUGGGUGCCAUGCAGUCAAAGCCCCCUCCGCUGCUGCUGCACCACCGGCUGCUGCGUACCCCGCUGCUGCUGCUGCUGAUGCGGGCAGAAGUAGGAUUCAUGGUGGCGCCGGUGGCAGUGCUGAUGGGCCGCCAGCAGCACAGCUGCAAGCACUGUCAAUCAAAGCCCCUCAAACACCCUCUAUCACUGCUCUGUCGGCCACUGCUGCUCAACCCCCGUCAGCCACUGCCCCUCAACCCCCGUCAGCCACUGCCCCUCAGCCCCCGUCAGCCACUGCCCCUCAACCCCCGUCAGCCACUGCCCCUCAAUCCCACCCACACCCUGCCGCCUCCCCCCUCGUGUCAACCCCUCCUCGCGUUCUCUCACCAUCGCCUCAUCUCUUGCCCUCAUCCUCCCCCAUGCCCCCCCACGCCUCCUCUCCCAUCCCCCCUUCCCCGCUCCCCUCCCUCCCUCUCUCCCAGCCCUCUUACCCAUCGCCCUCUCUCCCCCCCCAUGUCCCCUCCGCGGCCUCCCUCACUCCGUCCUCUUGGCCGUCCCCUGCUGCUCCUCUCCCGCCCACCGCGCCCCCAUCUCGCCCCGCGUUCAAGCUCAAAUGGAACGUGCGAGUCAUCCCUGCUGAUGCGCCCCCUCCCGCUGCUGCUGACGCCCCCUCUUUCCCCGCGGCACAUGCUGCUCCUUUUGCUCAUGCUGCUUCCGCCCAUGCUGCUGCUGCUUAUACUUCUCAUGGUGCCAGCUCAGCUCAUGCAGCCGGCUCAGCGAUGCCUCACAGCCUGCAGGCAGGUAGUGCAGCAACAGGGGAAGCAGCAGGAGAGUGUGUGUCACAGUGGAAGGGCGAGGGGAAGGGGUGGCGAAGCGAGGGGCAUCGAAGGCAGGGCGAUGGGCAUUGGCCGAGCAAGGGGCAUGGAAGGCAGAGCGAGGGGCAUAGAAGGCAGGGAGAGGAGCAUGGGAUUCAGCAGCAGCACAUGCAGGCACAUGCGUGGCAGCAUCAGCAUCAGCAGCAGCAGCAGCAUCAGCAGCAGCAUCAGCAGCAGCAGCAGCAGCAGCAGCAGCAGCAGCAGCAGCAGCAGCAGCAGCAGCAGCUCAACGGGCCGCAUCGACUCUCCUCAUCAUCAUCAUCCGCUGGCGUCUCUGCUGGUGCUGCUGCUCGAUUCAGCUGCAACUGGCAUGUGGACGCGCCUCUGCCACGCGCUCAUCUCUCCUCCCCUGCCCCCCUCCGUCCCGUCUCCUCCCCACCUCCCCCGGCCACGGCUGCUGACGGGCUGCCUUAUGCCCUGCCACACGCUGCAUCGCGUGAGCACCAAAAGCAACAGCAUCACAUGCAGCAUCAGCACACGCAGCAUCAGCACGCGCAGCAUCAGCACACGCAGCAGCAGCAGUUUCAUCAUGACGUGACGCAGCAUGAAAGCAACGACACUCUCAGCGCACCACCUCAUUCUGCUCCUCAUGCUGCCCCUUCCCACUACCAUGCCCCUUCAUCCCUCCCUUCAUCCCUCCCAUCUUCCCUCCCAUCAUCCCUCCCAUCAUCCCUCCCCUCAUCCCUCGCCUCCUCUGCCACACCCCCCACCGCGCUCCCCCUGGCAUGGCGCCGGGCAGGCAGGCCCGUGUGGAGCGUCAGCACCAUUGCCGUACCCGCCAGCCCCUCUGUUGAACCACCCACUCACAACCUGCCACGUGGCACUGCUGGUUUCUCCAGUGCCGCAGAUGCUUCAGUGUAUCCCGUGCCACAUGCAGCCGCCUCUCCUCUCCCACCACCCUCCAUUCCGUUCCUGCACCCAUCAUCCCCGCUCCACUCCUCCCCUCCUCCUCCUCCCCCUCCCCCGCUCUCCCCAGCAUCAGUCCGACCUGCACCAGAUGCCACCUGCCCCUCUCUUUCCACCAACCCCCAUCCCAGUCCACAGGACAUUGCUCUGCCCCAGCAACAACCCCCAUCUCCUGCCGCCCUUGCUUGCUCACACCCCCCUCCUCCCCCUCUUCCUCCCCCUCCUGCCUCUCCUCCACCAUCUCCUCCCCCACCCCCUCCCCCCCCUUCCUCCUCACCCCCUCCCCCGCCACCUUCCGCCCUUCCAGCUCCACCCCCUUCAAGCAUCCCCCUCUGUGGCCCGGUUGCCAGCGGGGCAGGGGCAGGGGUGGGUGUAGCGGGUGGGCUGGGAGCAGGUGGGCUGGGAGCAGGUGGGGCAACAGCAAAUGGCGUGGCAGCAAGUGUGGGAGCAGGUGGGCAGGCAUGGGGUAAAGAAGUGGAAGGAGGAGCGGCAGGUGUGGGCGGCAAGGAGGUUGGGGAAAAGGGCAGGGCAGCAGGAACAGCAGAGGGGGCAGAACCGCUUGGUGACGGGCAUCGUGCAGCAGGCCAUGGCGCCAUUCCUCUCCAAGCUGUCGGGGCGGGAGGUGGAGCGCAUGCGGGGCCGGCUGGUGCGGGAGGUGGUGGGGAAGGAAGCGGUGAAGAGCCGGCAGCGCACCCACCAGAUCGUCGCACCCGUUUACCUGCCCGGCAGCCGUCCGCUUAUCAGCUUCUUUAUCCGUCCACCUUAUCUGUUCGCACGCGCGCUGCGGUCCGCGUGCCCGCGGGAAGAGCGGCGGGCGGCAUGUCGGCGAUGUCGGACAACGUGGGGCAGUACGGCCGCAUCGGCACCGUGCCGGUGGCCCAGGGAGCCGAAGUCCCUCUAACGCACCCAGCCCCUCUGUUUCCUAUCCCUGCUCCACAUCCCUCCGCUCCUCCCCCCCCUGCUCCUUACCAUUGUGUGCCUCUCCCCGCGUCCGCCCAACCCCAUCGCCCUGCCUGCUGCGUGGCAGAGUUUCCCUACACGCCCGAGCCCGCAGCGAGCAGGGGAUCAGACACCUUCUCGUCUACCGCAGGUGGGGGCGGUGCGUCCCUGCCGCCGCCCCCAAUGGGCAUCUGGGGCGUGUUCAGUGUGGCGUUCUACCGCCCCUUCUUUGACGUGGACACCGCUGACGUGGCGGAGCGAGUGCGGGACGCGCUCAUGCCCUUCCCGCGCUCCUCCUUCCUCGAAAAGACGGCUCUCAACCCCGACAUCUAUGGGCCGUUCUGGAUCUGCACGACGCUCGUGUUCCUGUCCGCUUCGCUGGGCAACCUGGCCAGCUACCUGAGCUACGCUGCCUCGCCGUCAUCAGCCGCGGAGGAGCACUGGCACUACAACAUCGACGCCGUCAGCUGGGCUGCUGCCAUCUUCUACGGCUAUGUGGCCGUCGUGCCGCUGCUGCUCUUCUUCCUCCUGCGCUACCUGCAGGUACUACCCGCACUGCUGCUCUGUGCUACCUGCAGGUACUACCCGCACUGCUGCUCUGUGCUACCUGCAGCUACUGUCCGCACUGCCGCUCUGUGCUACCUGCAGCAUGUAUCGUCUCUGCUGCUCCGUGCUAUCCCCAACACCUGGAGUCGGUUGGUUCAGCUGUGGUGUCUGUAUGGCUACUCUCUGGCCGUCUACAUCCCCAUCUCGUUCAUAACGGUGCUGCCGCUGGACCUGCUGCGCUGGCUCAUAGUGCUGGGCGCCACGGCCAUCUCGUGCUUCUUCCUCGGUGUCAACCUGCGCGCGCAAAUCACAGUGGGCCACGAGAUGUGGUUCCCCAUCGUCGUCGGCGCUGUGCUGCUGCAGGCCGGCCUGGGGGUUCUCCUCAAGCUCUACUUCUUCACCUACAUUCAGCUCUAG